AUGGUGUUCUACGAGUCGUACCUGCUGUUUUCUAAGCACAUCACGAACGAGGAGAUCGCCGCUCUGGUCGCACAUAUCGGCAAGCUUGCCGCCAGCCACCACGGUUUGGUGCUGCGGACGCAGAGCCUCGGUCUGCGCUACACAUCGCACAGGGUCCAGAAGCCUCGCCUGGGCCUGUUCUGGUACGGGAAGUACUACUACGUGGCGCUGGCCGCGAACCCUAAGGUGGUGCCCGGCCUGCACAAGCUCUACAACUCGAACGAGCACGUGCUGCGUCACAUGACCCAGCGGAUGCUGUACCGCACGAACCUGAUCACAAGCCCGUACAGCCACCUGUACCAGAACCCGUAA